CAACCCCCUCCCUGUAUUCACCCCACUAUCACCCCUUCUUUCUCCUCCUCUAUUUUGGGGUGGGAAGGGGGGUUUCCAAUGGUGAACCAAGGCGCUGUGUGGCGGUGGGGAGGGCAGGGAAGCCAGCGGCCCCUUCUGUGUGGGGCAGGGAGGGAGGCUUCCCAAGAUCCUCAGACAGGGAGGUCUCCAAGGCAGGCCCCUUUCCUUUCCCAUUUCGGUCCGCGGAUGAGGCCCCCCACGAGGAACAAGGACCCACCUCGGGACGGGGACGCAGCGGCAGCAGCUUCCUCCUCCUCCUCUUCCUCCUCCUCCUCCUUUGGGCUUGCAUGGAUGUCCCCUCGGGGUCCAGGGAGCAGCCCAGAGCCGAGCCUCUUCCUGGAGCAGUGGGGCCAGCGAGCGAGCCCCGCGCCGGAGCUUGGCGGGACGGAGGAAACUUUUGAAUGGAUGAAAGUGAGAAGGAACCCGCCCCGAAGCGCAGUGAAACUGCAGGGCAGCACAGUGGCAGUAACCUCACCAUCAUCUCCCAGAACCAGCUUCACCACCAAGCAGCUGACAGAGAUGGAAAAGGAAUUCCACUUCAGCAAAUAUCUGAGCCGAGCCCGUCGGGUAGAGAUUGCUUCAGCCUUAGGUCUCAAAGAGAUCCAGGUAAAGGUCUGGUUCCAGAACCGCAGGAUGAAGCAGAAGAAACUGGAGAGGGAGGGUUCUCUGUGGGGAACUGUUGUUGGCUGCCUCCCACAGGAUUCCUCCUCUUCAGAAAAAUCAGACCUUGCUCCAUUCUCCUCCUCACCUAGCAGGAACAUUGGUGACCUCACUAUACUUUGACUGAAAAAACAUGUUCCUCAAGACUCUUAUCACUCUUGUGAAAGUUCAAAGGUUCCUAGAAGGUGCACCUGAAUAGAUAUUUCCAAAGAGAUUUGGGGACACCCAUUCCAACCCUCCCCACAACCAAUGUACAACUGAGUUCAAGAAAAUAGAAAACACCAGACUGCACUGCAAUAUAAAUUUUAGUAUGUGGGGGGAACAGGGGCAGGACAUCCUGGUGGAAAUUCUUGUCACACUUGUGUAGAAACCCCAAAUGUCCGUGUCACCUGAUGUACAGAUAAAUUGAAAGGUUCUUUGUACUGUGUUGCACCAAUCCUAGGAACCCAAGAAAUUGUAUUAAAAGGGACUUUUCAACAGGACAUCUUCCAGAAACCCAUCAUCAUGUUGUCAUGCUUCUGUUUCUGUCCCUGUUCCUCUGCUUACUUUCUCAUGUUGGGUUUGUUAUUCUGGGAGCUUGGAACUGGGUUUUUUUUUUUACCACAAUUCCCCAGCUAACACAGGGAUUCUGGGAGCUGUAGUCCACAAAAGUACUUUUGCCAAGUUCUGAUCAUACUUCAUAAUUUAGGUCUCUGUCAACAUAAUGCUUUGAACGUUCAGAGUUUCAAUGGAUGCAGACUAUGAAAACAUGUAAAUGUGAGUAGAUCAAUAGUGUUGUUAACUUCUGCGGGAAGGUAACAGCACUCCAUGCAGUCAUGCUGGCCACAUGACCUAGGAGGUGUCUAUGGACAACACCAGCUCUUCAGCUUAGAAAUGGAGAUGAGCACCAACUCCUAGAGUCCGACACGUCUGGACUUAAUGUCAGGGAAAAACCUUUACAUUACCUUCUACAUGUUCUUUUUAAUAUAAGAAUAAGUCAGAUUGAAUUCAGUACAACUUAUCUCCAGGCAGACCAAGCUUUGUAGGGAGUGAAACAUCAAAAAAAUCAUUCACAUCCAGACCUUUUCUAACUGCUUUGUUUUUCUUGCCUCUUUUGUUUGGAUGCCUAAGAUACACUUCUAAAUCCAUUUCAGAUAAUGUUUAAGUUUAUUGUGCUCAAGCCCUACAUGAGAGCUUCCCAGAAGCAUUUGGGAACAGAAUACUGGACCGGAUAGGCUUUCGAUUUUAUCCAGUGUAUUUUAUCUUCUUACAUUCUUUUGAGGGUUAUAUGUCGAUAUUUCUACAAAUGGUUCUUAUCAAUUUGUGCAGUAAAUUAUUUGUUAACAAAUACUCUAGGCAUACAUCAAAAAUUCUUUGGCCUGCCAUCAUAUGAACCAACCCACUCAUUUAUACUUUCAGGGAAAUGAUGCUGCUAAUUAGGGAUUAUUAGUGCUGUCAUCAAAAUUUCAGUAAUAGCUAUGGAUGCUAAUAAGAGACCCAUCCCAAGGAUUCUGUGACCCACCAGUUCUUCCUAACCCAAUUAAUUAAACUUUUGGCAGGGUGACAAUGGAACCAAGACUCACAGGGGCCAAAUGCAGAGGUUUUUUUAUCAGCAGGGAUGAGGUUGUUUUAUAUUCUCCCCUACUUGCCCCACUCCUUUCGGUCCUCUAAACUUACUCCAAUCUUCAUAGUAGCUUUGGGGUUGUUGUUUUUUUACUGCCAAUUAUUGCUAGCUAUUCUUGUUGAAUUUUUGGGUUGGUUUAAUCAUCAAUGCAUAAUUGAAAUCCAGGAGCCGCCGGUGGUGGAAUGGAUUAAAUCUUUGUGCUGGCAGGACUGCUGACCGAUAGGUUGGUAGUUCAAAUGUGGGGAGAGUGGGCGAGCUUCCUCUAUGAGCUUCAGCUCCCCAUGUGGAGACAUGAGAAAAGCAUCCCACAGGGAUGGUAAAACAUCAAACAUCUGGACAUCCCCUGAGCAAUGUCUUUGCAGACAGCCAAUUCUCUCACACCAGAAGCGACUUGUAGUUUCUCAAGUCACUCCUGACAUGAAAAAAAGUAAAUCAAGUGGCUUCACAAAAUAUUUGCUUGCAGUGUAGAAGAAAUUACUGCUAAAGUUUGCUAUUAUGAUUUAAUACGGCUUCUUACUUUUUGGUCUCACAUUACUGCCAAGAUUAUGGGAUUAUCAUGAUGAGUGUCCAGACUUUGGAAUUGACUAAUGCACCACUGCAAGAUAAUGCUUGAUGUCGAUAGUUGAGGAAAAAAUGGUUAGCCAGUCGCUAUAAGGUUUUCACCAUCAUCUAGUGUUGAUUGAGUCAGAUCUGUUAUCCUUUCUUGUAGGAAACUGAACACUGAGAACUCCGUCUUAAAUCCACCUGUUGGUCCCAAUCAGGGUAAAGCUACUGCAUACUUGGAAACUUGGGUUGCAUCAACACUGUAGAAUUAAUGCAGUUUGAUACCACUUUAAAUAACAAGGUCUGAUGCUCUGAAGCCAUGGAAGUUGUAGUUUUACAAGGUCUUUAGCCUUCUCUGAUAAAGAGGUCUGAUGCCUCAUCAAACCAUGACUGCCAUGAUUCCAUUCAUUGAGCCAUGCCAAUUAAAGUGAUGUCAAACUCCAUUAAUUCUACGGUGUAGAUGCAUUCUUGGUAAAUUCAAAUAAUUCAGUUGUUCUACUCGUAAUCUUAAUCUUUACCUCUUCUAAUGCUCAGAAGAGUAUGUAGAAUCCAGAGCAAAAUAAUUGUACUUUUUGUCAGUAGAAAGGAAACACUUCUCCACACGCGUAACUCUGUAGACAUUAAGAAAACUGUCACUAAAGUUCUACCUCUCAUUUGCCUAGUCCAAAGUUCUUCAGACUGUGCUUUGCAGAGCACUUGGUGCUCCAUGAAACAAUUCCAAGUGCUCCACAAAAAAGUAAGGAUUUUAAGAAAUAAAAUUGUUACUAUUAUGAUUAUUAUUUAUUAUUUAUUUAAUUACAGCAUUUAUAUUCCGCCCUUCUCACCCUGAAGGGGACUCAGGGCGGAUCACAUUACACAUAUAGGUAAACAUUCAAUGCCUUUUAACAUAGAACAAAGACAAGACAAACAUGGCUCUGAGCGGGCCUCGAACUCAUGACAUAGAACAAAGACAAGACAAACAUUGCUCCAAGCGGGCCUCGAACUCAUGACCUCCUGGUCAGAGUGAUUCAUUGCAGUGAUUCAUUGCAGCUGCUCUCCAGCCUGUGCCACAGCCCGAGACAUAAAAUGAGGAAAAUUUCAGUAUCGUGAUUUUUUGCACCCAUGAGCUGUGUGCAUAAAAGUAUUGAGCAGAGUAGAGAAUAUAUUUAGCACCUUCCAUGUGAAACAAAAACUAUACAAUCUAAAGUUUGCUAGCCAGCUCCUGGAAACAGACAUAAUGGAAGGAUAUACAAUGCAUACAGACAAUACACCCACUGCUGGAUAGACACAGAGGCUAGACUGUAUCUGUGAGAUGAAAUUUAGUGCUCCACCUUGAGUUUCACAUUUCAAAGGUGCAGCGUGACUGAAAAGUUUGAGAACCUCUGGCCUAGACUAUCAGAAGAAUGAUACGGGUUUGUUGUGUAUUUAUUAUUUGUGUACCUAUGUUUGCAUUUGAAUUAUGUAAGCAAAUGCAAGUGGGAUGGGUUAAGAAAUAAAAAUUUGAAUGGAUUGAUAUUCUAA